AUGGCUACACCCCCAUCUCAUGCAGAGGAAGAAAUAGAACCGACCCCGUCCUCGUCGAGCAAUACUCUGAAGAAAGAGAUCUUCAUCAAGCAAUACUCGCUUCCGUCCUUCAAACCAAACAUUCCUUCUGUAAACGAAAUUGGACAAUCUUCCAAUUCCCAGAAGCCCACAACCUUCAUCUGCGACAUCUGCGUUGAAUCCAAGUCACUUAAUCAGUCGUUCUGCAUUAAAGGUUGCACCCAUGCUUACUGUUGUGACUGCAUAGUCAAGUACGUGGCUUCAAAGCUCCAAGAGAACGUAACAUCCAUCCAUUGUCCUGAACCCACUUGUAACGCGGUGUUGGAACCUGAGUUUAGUCAUUUGACCCUCCCUCCGGAGGAGUUUGAUCGGUGGGAGAACGCUCUCUGUGAAAACUUAAUUAUUGGAUCUCAAAGGUUCUACUGCCCCUUCAAGGACUGCUCCGCACUGUGUGGAUUUGCCUUUUGUUACAAGUGUGGAGCUCCAAACAAUCAUAACUACCAUUACUGCUCCAAAUGCGGGUAUUAG